CCUCCUCACAUUAUUGAGUUCAGUGAUUUAUUGUGCCACCUUUGAAUGGGUGCAUCAACUGUUAUCUCUCCCAAGAUCAAUCCGAACAGUUAUGCAACAGAUUUUUACCUUAUCGAUUAUUUGGGAUGUGUAGUCACGCGGUUCAACAUUGCCAGUGUUCACGCAAAAUAGAAGACUACACAUCCCGACAGACGGAGCGGCUCGUGCUUCACUAGUUACACAUUGAAUGUAGUUCGCUCUAACGUUACUUGAAAAGCCGUUCAUGAUUCACUUCAUUAAUAAAUAAAUAGUUUCGGUGUCAUGGCGGAAUCUUCAGCAUGUCCUGCCUUCCAGCUUGGAAGACCCCGAUACGAGCAGGGUUCAUUCCUCGGUCGACUGAGACACUUUGUAGACAUCAUUGACCCCAGCACUCUGUUUGUGUCCGAGAAACGAUUGAAAGAAUGCAUGAAACUACUUGAUGACUACAAACAUGGCGAGCUUCCACCUGGAGUGUCUGAUCUUCAGCUGUGGGAAGCCCAGAAGAUCAAGCAGGCCAUCAUUCAUCCUGACACAGGAGAGAAGAUCUUCAUGCCAUUUCGAAUGUCAGGUUAUGUCCCAUUUGGAACGCCGAUUGUCAUUGGCCUUCUUCUCCCAAAUCAGACUGUGGUGUCUACCAUUAUAUGGCAGUGGCUGAACCAGAGUCACAAUGCCUGUGUGAACUAUGCCAACCGCAAUGCCACAAAGCCUACACCAACAUCCAAGUUUCUUCAAGGCUAUGUAGGAGCUGUGACCAGUGCUGUUUCUAUCGCAGUGGGACUGAAUGUGUUGAUUCAGAAGGCUAACAAGCUGAGUCCUGCCACCAGAAUGAUAAUACAGAGACUCAUCCCCUUCCCAGCUGUAGCUAGUGCAAACAUCUGUAACGUGGGCCUGAUGAGACACAAUGAGCUGUCUGAGGGGAUUGAUGUGCUAGACAGCAACGGGAAUGUGGUGGGAUCCUCCAAAAUUGCUGCAAGACAUGCGAUCACGGAGACCGCCUUCACACGUGUGGUCCUCCCGAUGCCGAUCUUUGUCCUGCCCCCCAUCAUCAUGUCCUACCUAGAGAGGCUGCGAUUUCUGCAGAGCAACCGCAGAUUGUUGCUGCCCAUCCACAGCCUGGUGUGCCUCGUUACCUUCGGCCUCUCCCUGCCUGUGGCCAUCAGCCUGUUCCCCCAGAUGUCUCAGAUUGAGGUGUCUUGCCUAGAGCCGGAGAUCGCCAUGGCAACAGAUUGCAAGGUGGUGACCUACAAUAAGGGUUUGUGAUGGAUGGCGUGGUGUGAAAGAGGAGAGCAGAGGACGGGAGCGAGGAUGGAAAUGAGGCUCCAUUGUGAAUAGCUGUCAGGGAGAACCUACAUUGGGGGUCUUUCUGCCGCAGUAUCACAGCAGAGCCUGUAGACCUUCAUCUACUAACACAGGGUUUUUUUGUUUACAGAUCUCAAGAUCCAGCAAUUAUUGAGUCAUGGUUUGAAAAUAGGACAGAUUUUUUCUGUCCUCACUGUCUUCAAGAGAAAAGAAGAAGCUCUGUAUAUAGAUAUUAUGGUAUACAGUAUUUACUGUGAAAUCUUUUUUUUUUUUUUUUUUAUUAAUGGAAUUAUUUUAAUAUAUACAAAACAGUGUUUCCCACACGCUAUACAGUACUUUGCUUCCUACUCAAGUUUUGGCUGCUUUUUCACCCAAUGACAAAUACAGUUUAAACCUGCAAUAACUGACUUGUUCUGGCUCUCUUGCUGCUAAAUGCUCCACUGGGUUCAGCAAGAAGUCUAACUGUGUAUGUGAUCAGGUUAGUGUACAGUGUUUUUUUAAAUAGCUUUUUUUGCUGCCUGUUUGGCCUGAUGAGAGCUGUGACAGUGAACCAACACAGUAAAAUGGCAGCUAGAUAACAAAAUCAGGGUGGUGAGAGGAAGUGAGGGUGGCUAAGAACAUAAUUUUGUGUAGCUGAAAUGUUAAUCAUGUUAAUUAUCCUACAGAUAAAUCUUGCAACCACAAGAUUAGAACCAUUGUCCAAAAUCUACAAUUCUGCAGCCCUUUCUGAGUUUGAUUCAUGACCAAUACUGAAAUUCGGAGGCUGAUAACAGAUAAUGAUAUACAAGCCAACAUUAAUUUCCUUACAUAAACUGUAAUAAAGAAUUUUGACUGUGAGUUAGUACUGAGCCAUUUUACAGUUAAACAAAAAAAAAUAACUCAUCAGUGCCCUCUGUUGGACAAACUAGAGAGUAAACGUAAUGGGGACAAUCCCCUCUUUUACGUUUGGACAUACUCAAUUCCUUUCCUCGGCUCCUCCCCUUACGUCUUGGUCUCUCCCACCUGAGAUGUGAGUAGAGGAAGCAGAAGAGUCGAGGCCACAGGCAUUUAACAAAAUGAGACGUCCGUGCUUCAGAGCCGUCAUUUUAAAGCAACGUCAAUUAAAUAUGACGUGUGGCACAGCUGACAUGGUUUGUAUACCCCAGCUAUGUCAUGCCUCUUUUAUGCGUCACGGGUGCCGAAAAUACUUCCACAAAGGAUAUACCCGUGCAUCCUCGCUCAAGCUUGUCUGGCAAGCCUCCUCUCUCCUCGCUCCUCAAGAUGCAUUUUAGGAAUUGAGGCAUCCAUUAAGAUGAUGCGCUGAGAUCAAUUUCUGAGUCACAGGCCCAAAGACGGAGGAGACUAGGAGGCACAAAAUAGAGAAAUGAGAAGAUGUUCAUAUUUGUAAAUUAUGUUUACUUUCUGCCAUUACUUGUUACUUGAAGGUCGUCAAAAUACGCUGAUCCUGAUUUAUCUGCAAUAAGCUAAUAUCGGCUGAUACAUAUCGGCACAACCGAUUUAUCAGUCAGGCUCUAGUCUGCUUUAUUAUUGUGAUGGAGACAGUUGACAGAAGGAGCUUUGAGGGAAAGCUUCUUGCAAAGUAUAUUUUUGACCUGUGGGAAACACUGCAAUAGAUAUCAAAAUAAAAGUGUUAGAAAUCUCUCGGGAACAAGUCUAUUUAUCAUGUGAAGGUAGAGAAACUCUGCACUAACCAGGCUGCAGUGCUGGUAUAUAUAUUCUGUAUGCUGAGGGAAUGACAAAGGACUGGAUCACUAAAUGAAGCCACUCUGUCAGUGGCUGUACUGUAUAUGUAUAUGGGAAAAUGUGGAGACCGUACUCUGGAUGUAUAUUAGGCUACUUUACACGCUGUUUAUCACAUGCCGGGAAUUUUAACCCCAAUGUGAAACAACAUACAGAAGCCAGGGCAUUUUGUUUUCUACAAUAGCCAACACUUUACACUGACUUAUUUUCCUAACAUUUUACUCCACUCCUAAUUGUUUCUUAAACCACCACUGUAUUCCUAGACUUCUUUUGUACAAUAUUUAAACCAUAAAAGUAUGAGCUAUAUAUUAUACUGAGUAUGAACUAGUAUUUUUAAUCUUUUGUAUAACAACGUCUACUACAAGUUUAUUAAAUGUUUCCUAGUCAAACAAUGUAAAACAAACAUUUAUAUAUAUCAUCUAAAAUAAUAUCUAAUAAAUACUCUCUCCAUUUA